AUGUUCCUGAUAGAGUCCCCAAAACCCAACGACUUCUCAUCAGCCUCCCCCCCCCCCUCACCCUCUCUCCCCCCUCUCCCCCCCUUUCUCCCCCUCCCUCCCCUCUCCCUAGCUCCACGCAGCGAGGACACAGGCCCAUGGGAACCGGGCCUCUUCAGUGCUCUGCUCACACACGUCCCGGGACAAAGACCUGACACCUGUGAGAGCAUAGGUCGUGAUGAGGAGGAUGAGGAUGAGGUGAAGAGCAGAGUAUACAAAUUGAGCCUGAAGGUCAUUGUCUCCUGCUUCAACCUCUAA